CCGGGUUUCACAGCUGCGGCAUUAGUUUCCUCCCCCCGUCCCUGCAUCGUCGUGCUUGAUACCGUCUAGGAUUUCCUGGGCGGCGGCAUUUCGCAUGGCAGUUUUCUGCGCCUCCUGGGUUUGUUUCGGGAUUUCGCCGUUCGGCGAUCCACUCUGUUUCAUUGGCGGGGUAUACGUCGCCCUAUCGACCCGAACUAACCCAGAACAUAACCACGUGUCCGUUUGGCGGACGACAGGUCCCCAAGUUUUUGAAACCACGAGCGGCUGAUGCGCGUGGUUUGCUAGCUUGCUCGUGCGCGUCUCUCCCCUGCGUGGCAGAAGCUCUCGCGUACCCUUCCGCGGCGACGGUGAGUUCGGUUCUGAUCCGCGCUGCCGUAUACUACAGAACCUAUCGUGCCCUUCUGCUUUUGUCGGCCCAGGGGGAGUCCUCGUGGUCGUUCGGCAAGAACGUUUGACUCAAGCGAGCCUUGGUUUGAAGCAGAUUCUCUGCGGGUGCUUUUUUUCCACCCGGCUAUACCAGCGAUGUCCUUCUCGAAUGAUUUCCGCUCGAAGAUGCAGGCUGAGGGCCUCCAGAAGGAGUUCGUCGAGGGUUGGGUUGGCCUCUACGAGAAGCUCUGCGCCGGGGACAAGGGCAUGAUCACCGAGAGCUCCAUCGAGCCCGUGGUGAGCCUUCCAGAGCUGGAGUCGCUGCCAGAGGGGGACAAGGCCCUGCUCGGCAAGACGGUGCUCCUGAAGCUCAACGGCGGCCUGGGGACCGGGAUGGGCCUCGACAAGGCGAAGAGCCUGCUCCCCCUGAAGGGAGGCAACACUUUCCUGGACCUCAUCGCGAAGCAGGUCCUGAAGCUGCGCGGCGAGGGGCUCCCCGUGAAGUUCAUGCUGAUGAACUCCUUCUCUACUGAGGCUGACACCAAGGAGUUCUUCAAGAAGUAUCCCGAGAUCGCGAAGGAGUGGGACGGCGUCGCGUUCCAGCAGAACAAGUCCCCCAAGGUGGACGCGGAGACAAUGAAGCCGAUCGAUUGGCCGCAGAAGCCCAGCUGCGAGUGGUGCCCGCCGGGGCACGGGGACAUCUACGCCGCGCUCGUGUGCUCCGGGAAGCUUGACCAGCUCCUGCAGGGCGGCUACGAGUACGCUUUCGUGUCCAACAGCGACAAUCUCGGCGCGACGCUCGACCUGCGUCUGCUGGGCCGGCUCGCGUCCGGGGGGGCUCCGAUGCUGAUGGAGGUCUGCGUGCGCGGCGAGGACGACAAGAAGGGCGGGCACCUGUGCAGGGACCUGGCAACGGGCAAGCUCACCCUGCGGGAGUCCGCGCAGUGCCCCGAGGAGGACGAGAAGGCGUUUCAGGACAUUGGCAAGCACCGGUUCUUCAACACCAACAACCUCUGGUUAAAUCUUAAGAAGCUGAAGGAGGCCAUGGUGGGUGGCGUGCUGCCCCUGCCGCUGAUUGUCAAUGAGAAAAAGGUCGACCCGACAAGCAAGGAGAAACCCAACCCCAAGGUGUACCAGCUGGAGACCGCCAUGGGUGCCGCCAUAGCGUCCUUGCCUGGCUCGGAGGCAGUCGUGGUACCCUUCGAUCGCUUCGCCCCUGUGAAAACCUGCAACCAGCUCUUUGGGCUCCGCAGCGACGCCUACGAGCUCAGCGACGAUUUCACUCCAGUCCUGAGCCCUGGGGCCUUCAAGCCCAUUGUGAGCUUCGACGAUAACUACAAGAUGGUUCCUGACAUGGAGGCUGCCUGCCCACACGGCGUGCCGUCGCUGAAGGCUUGCCCCAAGCUGAAGGUCAAAGGCAAGGUCUUGUUCCUGCCGGGCACCAUCGUCCAGGGCGAGACCACCAUUGUGAACGAGAGCGAUGAGCGCGCCGUCGUGGGGGGCUACCUGACGGGCGAGGUCAUCGCCACAGGCUGCACCGAGAAGAACCCGGCCGGAAGCCACCGCAUCACGGUCCCGCCAGAGCUCUUCCAGAGGAUUAUGAACGGAGAGGCCGUGCCCGAAGACGAGAUCAAGAAGCACGUCCCCGUGGUUGCCACGGCCGCUGAGAGCUCGCCGGGCUCGCCCGGCGAGAAAAAGAAGAAGUCUUCGAAGAAGUCCGCGAAGGUGAAGAAGGGCAUGAAGGGGUGCUGCUGAGCCUUUCCUGGGCACGCCUUGUAUUAGAUGCUCUUUCGCGAAAACAUCUUCCCCUGCACCUCCUCCUCAUUCUCUGUCCUCCCCCUUUUGUCCCAGUCUCUUUCCGUGUGACGGUGCGAGGAGAUGCUGAGGGUUGUCGGCGCAUUCGUCAGCCCCAACGCCCCAACUCAAUUCAUUUGAUUCCUUCGCGGGGCCCUUCGUGGAGGUGGCGGCGUUAGCCCCAUUUUCGGAGCGUGGCGGUAGAACCACAAGGCCAUGAAGACAAAGUGUCUCUGGAGCCACUCCCUCUUGCGCUACUUCGUGAUGACCCUAGCCGAGGGGGUAGGACUAGCGAAGAUUGCGUUCAGAGCUUGCGAUGCGUGAGCUCCCGGCUCUCGUCACAAUUCGUUACAGACUGCUAAUGCGGCGCGGGGAAAAAUGCGCGACGGGAGGGUCGCCGUGCAAGCAGCCUGGACCUCCUGCAUUGCUGGGCUGCGCCC